CGACCAGGCUCUCCAGACUUACUCUAAUUGCGUUUGCGCGUGUCUGCACUUUUCUUUCUCUGACAUGAAGGGAAGAGCUGAGUUAUUUCUUUUCUGCUUGUAAAUGGUACUCUUGAACUUCUGAGUGGAUCCGGCGGACUGAAAGAGCAGAAGUGGAAGAAUCCAGAGGUGCAAAAAUUACUGGAGUUAGGCUACCAUGUGGCAGUUUUGGAUGAAACUCAUCUUGGCCUGGAUCUCCCUGGCAACCCCGAUAUUUGGCCAAAGUGGAGAUGGCGACUGGGGUUCAGGCUUUGACAUCCUCCCUGCCUCGAUGGCCACCAACGAUACAUUGGAGGCCAUUGGUGACGAGCCUGCGAGUGCGAAAAACAACCAUCUCUUAACCCCGUCAUCGCCGUCCCCCUCGCUCCAAUUUGAACCCCAACCAGAUAAGUGCUCUGUCCACUUCAGCACUAAAGCCGAAACUGUUUCAGCUCGAAAGCUGAAGGCCCGGCGAGAGGAGCUGGACUACCUACGGACGAUUCAACGCGCCAACAAGGCAGUGGUGGAGAACCUGGCGCAGUUUGUGGGAGCAGAGCUGGGGGAUCAGAAAUAUGAAGAUGUGAUUAAAGAAAACAUCAUCAGCAUCCAGGAGGACCAUAAAGGCUGUAGUGAGGAUUUAGAGAAAGCUGAGGAAGAUUUGAGAAAGCAGCUGGAGGGAGAUGGCUUCGCUGGGAUGGAGAAAGUAAGAGAAGAGUCUGUGGUCUUUGAAGAGAUGCUUCGCGCCGCAACGGACAUUGCCAGCAGGUUGGAGAGGUCCUCCCAAGCCCUGCAUGUUUCAUUUACACGGCAGCUGAAAGACAUUGUGAGAAAUUGAUGAACAGAGUUUUGAAACUGUUCAGACGUCAGUUUCCAGUUGCAAAAUAAUAAAUAUGUGAAUAAAGGCUGGCAAACUGUUAUGUGCCAAGAUAUACAGACCUAAAUAUUUUGUGUGUUUUUGUUACUCAGAUGCAACGAUGUCUAGUUGAACUGUUAGCAGGAAAGAAAAUGCUGAAUAAAAUGCUGCAAGUUGGGAGAUGAUGGUUUAAACAAUCCACCCCUCAUGGAGUAAGUCAUAAAAGCUAGACUUUGUUAAAUAUUAUCUUUAAUUCAGGAAUUGUUUAUGAAAUAAAUGGAAACAAUCUGUGGAGCAAGUUGGAGCCAAGUCUAAUAUUUAUAAAGCAAACUAGAAGAGUCUUUUGGAAAGCCUGAGUAACGACACAAUAAGCAUUUAGAAUGAGAAGACUGUUCAUCUAUUAUGUAUUUUCUAGAAAGUGUGGCAUACGUUUGUUGAAGAAGAAUGUUGCUCUGGUCAGAUGAAACCAAAAUCAAGAUAUUUGACUCUACAAAAUGCUAUUAGAUCACCCAAGUUUUAAUAGUGAAACUUGGUGGCACCAGGUGUCAUUCGUGCUGCGAGGAUGCGUUUCUUCAGCAGAAGAGGCAAACUGAUUGGAGCCGAUGGGAAUACAAUGUACAGCACAUCUGAUUAAUCUUUCAAAAUGUUUUGCCCUGGAAGAACCGAUUGUGAAACUGUUUCUCCUGAGUCUCAGAAGGACUGCGUUGUUAAUUUAACAGUGUUUGUUCCAAUGAAAAUCAUUUUUCAUUAGUCAGUGAUGUUACGCAGCUUCUGUGUUCACCCUCACGUUUGGAAAACUUAAAACAUCUCCAAGUAUAUUUAUUCACUUAGUCUGCCCUCUAGCUGCUUCCCACAGAAAUAUCCCAGUUGAGCUGAUUCCUGGAGUGAAGAAACGCUUGAAAGAAUUGCUUAAAUAAAACACUUUCUUAUGUGCUCAGAUGUAAAUGUGGUAUUUCAGUUGCCUUUACAUCUAAGGUUUAUGGCAAUCGUAGUGAGAAAGAGAAAGAAGGAGAGAGAAAAGAGAGAGAUGAGGAGGAAGAGAAAUAGGAGGAGGGACUGCCGGAGGUGUCCUACCAGAUACAGGCGCAUGUUCCCUGCUAGUUGGAUCUACCACUCUCCAGAUGAAUAUCAUUAGAAAUAGCAAGAGGAUAACAGCAACGUGCGUAAAAAUGCGCAAUAGUUUGGAAUUGGCACCGGAGCAAGCCUGGACAUUUUCCUACACUUAGGUUACUAAAAUAGCAGAUUUAAUCCACAAAUCUGCUAUUUGUGGAUUAAAUAGCAGAUCCACAACAGAAGCACAUUUCAGUGGUGACCGAAGAGACAUUUACCAAUGCUGAACCGCGGUACAGUAGUUGGUCGGAGCACUUUUCCACUCUCUCCUCUCCCUCUGAUGUAGCAGCAGUUGUGCAGUUUUUUUCCGGAUAUGCCUCCCAGCUGCGAAGAUGACACAUGCUUCUCUCACGGACAAAACUCUGACGGAUCGUCACCGCUGCGCUUUACUCUCUGAUCAAGUUGGACUUAUUUUUUCUAACAGAGCGCAAAAUGAUUCACAACCACCUGUUCCUGAAAGGGACGAUCGUCGUCUGGACGCUACUUCUGGGUCAGACAGUUCUUGGUCAUGUUAAGACCCAUUCACAUGCCGAAGAUGAACUCUUCAAGACGCUGUUCUCUGGUUACAACAAGUGGUCAAGACCUGUCCCAAACAUCUCUGAUGUGGUUAUAGUCAAGUUUGGACUGUCCAUAGCCCAGCUCAUUGAUGUGGAUGAGAAAAACCAAAUGAUGACAACUAACGUGUGGUUAAAGCAGGAGUGGAAUGACUACAAACUUCGCUGGAGACCGUCUGACUAUGACAACGUAACGUCCAUCAGAGUCCCAUCGGAGCUCAUAUGGGUCCCAGAUAUAGUUCUCUAUAACAAUGCUGAUGGUGAGUUUGCUGUGACCCACAUGACCAAAGCUCACCUGUUCCACACCGGUAAAGUGCGCUGGGUCCCCCCUGCCAUCUACAAAAGCUCCUGCAGCAUCGACGUCACCUUCUUCCCCUUCGACCAGCAGAACUGCAAAAUGAAAUUCGGCUCCUGGACCUACGACAAAGCCAAAAUCGACCUGGAGCGGAUAGAAAACACCGUGGAUCUCAACAACUACUGGGAGAGUGGGGAGUGGGCCAUCAUCAACGCCGUGGGAACAUACAACACAAAGAAAUACGACUGUUGCCAUGAGAUCUACCCAGACAUUACCUACUUCUUCAUCAUCCGAAGGCUUCCUUUAUUUUACACAAUCAACCUCAUCAUUCCCUGCUUGCUGAUCUCAUGCCUCACCGUCUUAGUUUUCUACCUGCCCUCAGACUGCGGUGAGAAGAUCACUCUUUGUAUCUCGGUCCUUUUGUCCCUCACCGUGUUCCUCCUGCUCAUAACAGAGAUCAUACCCUCCACGUCUCUCGUCAUUCCUCUCAUCGGCGAGUACCUCCUCUUCACUAUGAUCUUCGUCACCCUGUCCAUCGUCAUCACGGUGUUUGUGCUAAACGUGCACCAUCGCUCACCCAGCACUCACAAGAUGCCCCGCUGGGUUCACUCCGUGUUCCUGGACCUGAUCCCACGCUGGCUGUUCAUGCGCAGGCCGGCGCCCGACGGCCGGCGCCGCAGGCUGCUGCUACUCCAACAGCAAAUAGCAGCAGAGAGGCGGCAAAUGCAGAUAGCAGAGUAUGAAUCAAGCCACUGCAUCAGCACCUCUUAUACCUGGAUGAGAGACGGGAGCACUCUGGAAAACCCGGAGAGAAGCUGCUACGAGGACCUGGAGCUUGGAACGCUGACGUCAUAUUUCUCCUUCCGGCCCCCCUCUCCGAGACCUCCGGGGUUGACUCCUCCGCUGCAACAGAAAAAAACCCAGAGCAACCAAAACUUGCAAGAUGGUGCUGCAGGAUUAAACAGACAGCCGUCUGGAGCCAGGUUUAACUCCCCGCAGCAGCCGCCUAAAGGGGACAGCUCACUGUUAGAGUCACCUUUCAUACUUUCACCAAGUGUAAUACGGGCGUUACAAGGGGUUCACUACAUUGCAGACCAUCUGAGAGCUGAAGAUGCAGAUUUCAGUGUGAAGGAGGACUGGAAGUAUGUUGCCAUGGUUAUUGAUCGGAUCUUCCUGUGGAUGUUCAUUAUUGUGUGUCUGCUUGGAACAAUAGGUCUCUUCCUACCCCCCUGGUUGGCUGGCAUGAUUUAGGUUUUGUGAGAUAAAAAAAAUAAAAUCUGUAGCUGGACUCUGAUUUAUUGUUGAUGUUAUUUUGUUUUAAUAUUACAACUUCUGUGGGCUCAGAAGUCAGAAGUUAUUUAAAUGGACUUCAGUAAUACUGCAUCAGGGUUGACAGCAGAAUGGUAACAUUUACAAGUAUGUUCAGAAAUAAACAUGAAUGCUUACAUUAAA